AUGACCGAACACGAACCUCUCCGUACAACCCUCGCGUACACGAAGAGUCGGAAAACCACCAAAAGAACGACGUUUCAAGAUGAAUUGGAGGCAGCUGUGUCUGCCAGGGCAAGAAGAUUUACAUCGACCGAUGGAUUUAACUACUCUGAUGACUUUGAUGAUGAUGACGACGACGAUGACGAUGAUGAAGAUGACAUAUUUAAAGAGCUCCUCAAUACAAGAAAAAAGAAAAUGGAAUCGUUUAAAUCGGGAAAGAUGAAAUCCAAAAUCAACGACUUCCUGCUGUCUGAUGAUGAAGACAAUGGAAAUGUCAGACCAAAGAGAGUGUCGUUUCUGAAAACCAGACAGAGGAGCUCACCUGAGGCAGGUGAGCCGGUGGACUCGGGGAAAAGCGGACAAGCCGACAGUCAGGAGUCCUUCUCCUCAGACCCGCCCAGGACCGCCCACCAAAGCUCAGGAGACUCUCCAACCUCAGAGAAGGGCCGACAGGAUUCGCUCAACCAAUCAGAAUCUGUCCCUUCCAGGACAAGCCAAUCAGAAUCUGCGUUUCCCAGGACAAGGUCAUCUGAACCUUCUUUGCCCCUGAGCUCUCAGAACAGUCAGUGGGAUUCGUCUUUGCCCCUCCCAUCAGAGGGCAGUCGGCAGGGGAGUCCACAAGGCGAGCGCUGGCCCACUCCCUCGGGAGAAGGGUCGAGUGAUGUUUGGGGGGAGAGAACAGAUAUCGAUGGAGUAAGAGCGCUCCCCAUCCCUCAGCCCAGGGAGAGAAGCAUAAGGCCAAGAUCCCCAACAGCCGGUGUCACUGAAGAGCAGCCUCCGCGACCCAAACCUCGGCAGAGAGCCACGGGCGUGGUCGUCCAGCCUGAAGAAGAAGGUCAGGCAGAGAGCGCCCCCAGCAGGGCAGCCACCUCCUCUGUGUCUCUGGGCUUGUCCUUCUCCGAUAAAACCACGUCACCGUCCACCACCUCGUCUGGGAAGAGAGAGCUGUGCAGCGGCGAUAGCUUUCAGGCUACUGAGGAAGAUGAUGCUUUGACAGCAAAGCACUCUUCAUCCUUAGAGAAAACACCAGAGUCUCCCAGGAGGUCCACAGACAGCACCGAGAGCCAAGCAGGUUUGACUGUGUCUGAGGAGAAAGUCUCGCCGGCGUCUGAGAGACCCUGUGUGGCAUCUGAGGACCAACCAGACCAGUCUGGGAGCAGGCAAAGUCAUACCACAGAGAAAUCUACCGACAACAGGCCUUCCAGUUCCCAUUCAUCCACCUCCAGGAAGUCCAGGAGUGUGUGUUCAUACACAGCUGAGUCCAGAUACCUGGGCUCCCUGAAGCUUCUGGACCAGAAGGCAUCUUUACGGGAGGCUGAGCCCGAAGCCGCUGAUUCUGUCCGUGUGGCCGUGUACCAGGAGUGGCUGAAGAAGAAAGAGGAGAAACGACAAGCAGCACUGGAAGCGAAAAAAGAGGAGAAACUGAAGCAGAAGAGAAAGAAGGAGGAGGAGCUGGCUAAGAAAGCCAGUGCCGCGGCCUCUUACGAAGCCUGGAGAGCACAGAAAGGAGAAGCGAUCAGACUCAAGGUCAGACAAGGGCAAGAAAACCUGAGAAAGAAACAAAAGGAAAUGGAUGAAAAGGAAGAGAGAAAAGAAACAGCGAAAACUGUUUUUGAGAAAUGGAGGCAGGAUCACAAUGCCCUCCUUAAAGAGAAGAGAAGGAGAGAAAAGCAGACGGAGGGCAGACUGAAAGAAAAGACAGAGCAGGAGAAGGAGGAGAGAAGGAGAGACUGCUCCUCCGCUUUCUCUAAAUGGAGUGAGGACAAAAAGGAGACCUUGGUGGAGAGAAGGAAGAGCGAACAGUUAAAAGAGAAGGUGAAAAGAGUUGAAGAGAAAUCGGAGAAAGAGGAGAGAGAGAGAUUAUCUCUGGAGAUGUAUGCAAAGUGGCUGAAAAGAAAGGAAUACCAGGAGAACAGAGAGAGGAAAGAGAAACAGAUACGAGCCAUCCUGCAGGACGAACCCCCCCCACCCUGGAGCCCCCCCAGCAAGACCGUGCCCUUUGGUAAAUGA